CAACCCCAAUCCCAACCCCCCACAUCACACACAAAAGAAGCCCUAAAUGAACACAUGUUUUUUAAGGAGUAUAUGCCUUCGGAGGUCCUCACUCGUGAGUUAGGUUCUAGUAACGGACGUCAUGUAUCCACUUUAUAAGAUUCCGAAUCCGAAUCAUAAGUUCAAACAUUCUGAGUUUUGGUUGAUGUCUUCGCAUUGACUCGCAUGAGCUCACUCUCGGAAUAAAAAACCCGUCGUUUCGAUUGAUGGUUGCAGCGUCGUUAUACGGAGGAGCAACAGUGGCUGGUUGUUCAGUUCGUUUUGCUUCACCUGGUUAAUUUUCAGUCUAUCUUCUUGUGGAAGAUUUAGAAGCACUCCCAUGGCUGAUCUAAAAGAACGGUUGCUUCCUACAAAAUAUUCACCAUCAGUUGCAAACACAAGAGAGGCAUCUUAUAGGUCAUCAGCUUCUAGUCGUCAACCAUUCCAAGGUCUGGACGUCCCAGGCCUUAAAAAGCGUGGCCAGGGAGUUCGGUCUUGGAUCCGUGUAGAAGUUUCUGGAAACUCCCAAGUCAUUGAGGUUGACAAGUUCACAAUGAUGCGCCGCUGUGAUCUCCCGGCACGUGAUCUUCGGCUACUUGACCCAUUAUUCGUGUACCCUUCAACGAUUCUUGGAAGAGAGAGGGCCAUUGUUGUUAACCUUGAGCAGAUUAGGUGUAUUAUUACGGCAGAUGAGGUUUUACUUUUGAACUCUCUUGACAGUUAUGUCCUUCAGUAUGUGGUGGAGUUGCAGAGGCGGUUGCAGUCUGGUGGGGUUGGGGAGGUUUGGCAACCGGAAGGUCCUCAGUUGAGCCGAAGGAGAGGAAGUAGUAGGAAUCUUGAGAGUAUAUUUGGGAACUCAUCACCUGAUUAUUUACCUUUUGAGUUCCGCGCUCUUGAAGUUGCUCUUGAAUCCGCUUGCACUUUUCUUGAUUCUCAGGCGGCAGAGCUAGAAAUUGAAGCAUACCCUUUGUUGGAUGAGCUUACAUCAAAGAUAAGCACAUUGAAUCUGGAGCGUGUUCGUCGUUUGAAAAGUAGACUUGUUGCCUUGACACGUCGUGUUCAAAAGGUUAGGGAUGAGAUAGAGCAACUUAUGGAUGAUGAUGGUGACAUGGCUGAAAUGUAUCUUACUGAGAAGAAACAACGGAUGGAAUCAUCAUUGGUUUACGGUGAUCAAUCUUUGAUUGGGUAUAGAUCAACUGACGGUGUGAUGUCUGUUUCUGCUCCGGUUUCUCCGGUUUCUUCUCCUCCAGAUAGCAACAGGAAGCUUGAGAAGAGUUUGAGCAUAGCCAGAAGCCGACACGAGAGCAUGAGAAGUUCCGAGAGUGUUGAAGAGGCACAAAGUAUAGAGGAACUUGAGAUGCUGUUAGAAGCUUAUUUUGUUGUCAUUGAUAGCACCCUCAACAAGUUAACUUCGCUCAAGGAGUAUAUUGAUGACACAGAAGAUUUCAUCAACAUUCAGCUG